UUUAUCUUUGGUACGUGUAAAUAUAAAAGCAAGUGUAUAGACAAACUGUGAGUGGUAAUGAGUGAAAAAUUCAAAAGUAUUUUGAAAUCUUGGGGAUUGGAAUACCUCAUCCAAUUAUUUGAAGAUGAAGGUAUUGAUGAUACUGCCUUCGAUUUGCUCGAUGAGCAAACUAUGAAGGAACUUAUUCCGAAAAAAGGAAGUUUCCUCAUUUUUCGUUCAAAAUAUGAACAAUAUAAGAACAAAAAAGUUAUCGAAGACGCUUUAAAAUCAGAUAUUAUAAUUGAUUCAUUAGAAACAGCCUCAAACUCAACAUCCACUGCUCGUACAGUCACAAUAUCUGACUUGGGUACUCCGUACUAUUCAAGUGAUGUAUCCAAUGACUCCAGAUGUUUCAUUCCAGAAUUAGAUGCUAUUUUAAAUAGUGAGGAGCAAUCUAAUGAAAACGCCUGUCCUAAUUUAACACCUAUAAUGAGAGAAUCGAAAACCAAGCGACCGAGCUCCUCAUUAUUCAUCAAUUACAUGUCUUUGGAAGAUUUAUUGCGCAGUUCUACUGAAGGUAGAAUAUUAUUGGCGAAAAAACAGAAACUGACCAAUGACUCUAGACAGAAAUUAGUGAAUUUGAUAAUAGACGAGUUAAUUAACGAAUGUCUUCGAUCGAAGCAAAGAGUGGAAUUGAAAACCGAGAAGCUGAUUGAAAUUGCAGAGUCUAUACAAGAACUGUUUGUGGGAGAAGAUAAAAACACAUAUUAUAUACCAUACAGUUCCAAAAGGGACAGUCUAAGGAAACAACCAGCCCGAGGAAAAUUGUGGUAUAGGUACCUCAACAUAAAAGCUCAACUGAGGUUGAUAAACAAAGAAAAAAUAUCAACUCCAGAAGUGGAGUCUGAAUCAUUCACAGUUGAAGAACAACAGUGCUUGGUAUUCCUGAAAACGCAUUCUGAACCUUACCAUGACUUGUUGAUAAAUUGGGAAGCCACAUUUGACAUAAGAAAAUCCAUUUAUUCUGAGUGUGAAAUUCAAACCCUGUUCAACGAUAUUAAAUGUUCAGAUAAGGAUUAUUUUCUAAAUUUGCUCGAAACUGAUUUCAAUAGGGAUAACCCAGGAAGAGUGGAUAUCAUUUAUUCUCAGUGGCCUAAGGUUUUUCCAGCAAUUUUAAGGGAGUUAGAAAUUAGAAGAAUAGCGGUAGCUAAGGAAUUCAACUCCCAUGAACUAGAUCCACAGACACAAGCGUUCAGUCAUCUGGCCUAUUUGUUUUCCCCAUCUAAUAUUAAGGGAAAAAACUUCCACUGGAGGCCAUCCAGAACAGAGGUGCAAGAUAGCAUUUUUUGUGUUGUGAAGGAUGAUGAAGAAUUAGAGGAGCGGAUUAAAAGAAGGAAAUUGUUUUUAGAUAAGGGUGACCUUCCCUUACAGCCCUUUGCUUAUGCUGUUGUUGUGUUGGAGGAGAUUACAUUCUUCAUCCAUUGUUAUGGCAAAAAAUACAAAAUUGAUGUUCAGAAUUGUACUCGUUGCAUAGAGCUUCUUUAUAAACUAUACCAGACAUUAAAUCUUGAAUAUCCUCCAGAAGGAAAGAGCGUUUGGAACUUGGUGCAGGAGUUGGUGUUUGAUACUCCUUGUAAGGAGAAAAACUCAAGCACAUCUAGUGUCUUAUCUGAUAUUAAACAUCAUUUAAUGUUGUUUUUUGGAGGAUGGUUUAAGUUUAAUCAAUUUCACCUUUGCUGUAUGUUUGCGAAACUUUCACCUUUCAAAUUAUAUACAUUCUCACACCAAAUAUUAUGUUAUGUUUAAGACAGCUAGUCAUUAUUAUACCAUAUGUAUUUUUUUUGUUGAAAACAGCAUAUAUUACUAUAUGUAUAUUAUAUUAUAGGUUAUUU